AUGGCGCUCUCCUCCAAGCAGGCGUGCCCUACUCUGGCCCGCGGUGCCUCUCGUCAGGCUACCGUCGUUUGCCGGGCCCAGCAGACCCCCGUUCAGCAGGCCGCGAAGGUGGCUCUUGCCGCGGGCCUUGCCGCUGCUGCGUCCCUGAGCUCCGUGGAGGCUGCCAGGGCUGACAUCGCGGGCCUGACACCGUGCAGCGAGUCGGCCGCCUACGCCAAGCGCCUCAAGAACGAGGUCAAGGGCCUGAACAAGCGCCUCAAGAACUACGAGGCCGACAGCGCCCCCGCCCUGGCGAUCAAGGCCACCAUCGAGCGCACCGAGAAGCGCUUCGCCAACUAUGCCAAGUCCGGCCUGCUGUGCGGCAAUGACGGCCUGCCCCACCUCAUCAGCGACCCCGGGCUGGCGCUGCGCUUCGGCCACGCUGGGGAGGUCUUCAUCCCCACCAUCGGCUUCCUGUACGUUGCCGGCUGGAUCGGCUACGUGGGCCGCCAGUACCUGAUCGGCGCCAAGGCCGAGUCCAAGCCCACCGAGAAGGAGAUCAUCAUCGAUGUGCCCGCAGCCCUCAAGCUCUCGGUCGAGGGCUUCGGCUGGCCCCUGGCCGUGGUGAACGAGCUCAAGGCCGGCACCCUCACGGAGACCGCCGACAACAUCACCGUCAGCCCCAGAUAA